UCAACUUGCAAAAAUUCAGAUGGAAGCACAACCCUCAGCUGAUCCUCCAGAGCGAUCCCAGGUCCUCGGAGUGGGAACAUGAACACCUUUGUGACUCUGUCUUCAGGGCAGAGGAUGCCCAUGGUUGGACUUGGCACAUGGAAGAGUGCUCCAGGACAGGUGAAGCAGGCGGUGCUGACAGCUUUAGAGUGUGGAUACAGACACAUCGACUGUGCUGCUGCUUAUGGCAAUGAGCAGGAGGUUGGAGAGGCUCUGGCUCUGUGGGUCGGCCCUGGAAAGAUUCUGCCCCGUGAGGAGGUGUUUCUGACCUCCAAACUGUGGAACACCAAACACGACCCGGAGGAUGUUGAAGAGGCGUGCAGGACCAGCCUGGCCCACCUGGGUCUCUCCUACCUGGACCUUUACCUCAUGCACUGGCCAAUGGCAUUUCAGAGGGGGAAGGAGGUGAUGCCUCGGAGGGAAGAUGGAAGUAUUUGUUACUCUGACACACACUACAGAGACACUUGGAGGGCCAUGGAGAGCCUGAUAGAUAAAGGUCUGGUCAAGGCUAUAGGAAUGUCCAACUUCAAUGCCAGGCAGACUGAUGAUAUCAUCAGCAUCGCUCGACACAAACCCGUAGUGAAUCAGGUGGAAUGUCAUCCUUAUCUGUCUCAAGCAGAUCUCCUGUCAUACUGUCGCUCAGUGGCAGUUUGUGUGACAGCCUACAGUCCUCUGGGCAGUGGAGACAGACCCUGGGCUUCUCCUGAUGAACCAAGCCUCCUGGAGGACCCUCGACUUGGAGCCAUCACCCAGACAUACCACAAAACGCCUGCCCAGGUUAUACUCAGGUGGCAUAUUCAGAGGGGUGUAGUGUGCAUCCCGAAAAGCGUGACGCCCUCCAGGAUCCAGCAGAAUUUGAAAGUGUUUGAUUUUUCCUUGUCACAAGAGGACAUGAAGCUGAUUGAAUCCUUCAACCGCAGCCAGCGUUUCAUCGUUCCAUCAGUCGAGAGAGAUGGCAAGAGAGUGUGGAGAGACGCAGGACAUCCUCAUUUCCCCUUCCAUGAUCCCUAUUGAGUCUAUAAAGUCAAUAUUUACUUUCUGAUUGUUGACAAAUACACUAUUUUUUCCCCCUCUUUUUAAAAAGAAAAGGCCUGCAAUAAAUACCAUUCAGGUCACUACAUCUGUGAAAUAUUAGAAGAGGAUGUACAGAGAACAUAAAGAAAAAAUGAAACACUA